CCGGAUAUCUGAGCGUUCAGUGUCUUACACCGAGUCUGCACUAACUCUUAUUUAACGUGGGACGCUCCCUGUGGAAGAACAGGGGCUGCAGGCUGCACAGCGAAGUGAAGCGGGCAGAGCUGCAGCGCGUGCACCACCAACUCUGCCUGACGCCGUUUGUCCGCUCCUUCGUUGGUCAUCGAUUCAUUGCUGACAGAAAGGAGAGAGGGAAAGAGGGAGAUAACAUGUCCGAAGUGUUGCCUUACGAAGAAAACCUCACUCAUUAUGGAAACGAUGGAGAUGAAGAGCAAAUCUCGCUCACCUGUCGACUGCAGAACACCAACAACUUCUUCGGUACUGGGCAGAACAAAAGGCCACCUAAACUUGGCCAGAUUGGAAGGAGCAAGCGAGUUGUCAUAGAAGAUGACAGGAUUGACGAGGUGCUCCAAAACACAGCAGAAAAGUCACCGGCGGAGGCGUGAAAGCCUGGAAACAUGGGUUUUUUAGGGCUGCGGGAAGUGUUGGAAUACACAAAUGUGCAUAAAAAAAGCACUUUGCAGUGCCUCUCGGUAGGGGUUGAAUUUCACAGCAAAGCACACGGAGGAGAGCACUGGCGCAGGCUUCCAAAAUGGGGAGAGCGAGGGUCCGAUCUGCUUUUUACUUUUGAGGGCAUGUUUUGAUAUCUUUUUUUCUUCAUAAGCUGAGAUCAGUCCAAUGUUGUUCAAUACUUGUGGGUUUGAUCCUUAGUAGUAAAGGUACCAUUGUAUUGUGAGAGGAAUGCAUUGAUAUUACAAGCACAAAUCACAGUCUACUGGUGACCAUUACAUUUCCUCCUCUUUUUUUUUUCUUCCUCAGACAGGGCACUUUGUUUUUCUGUAUCUUGCAACACUAUGAUGACUUUCGUGCACAAUGGAACUGUGAACUUCAGUGAUGUGGUUUUUUGGGGGGGUUUUCUUUUUGUUUGUUUGUUUGUUUUUUCAAGGAAUUAUGAUCAUGAUCUUUUGGGGUGUAUUUUUUGCAGUGCUGGAAGGCGGUGCAAAUGUUUUUAUAGACUGACAACUGAAAGCCUUUUUUAAAAAUCACAAACUUUUUUUUUUUGUUGAUGUUGCUUGUUGUAAUAUUAUUUUUGUCGUUGCUACAAACUGCCUGCUCAGCCUAAUAGCAGUGAAAAUAGCUUAUUUUUGUAUGGAGAAGCAGUUUCCGAAACUGUUUUCGUUUUGGGUUGUAGAUGUAGUCCUAGCACUUUCAAAUGUGGCUGUCACUCUCUGCUGUACAGGAUAUGAUCACAUUUGUGCCAAAUAUCGCAAAAGUAUGCCAGUCAAGCUGUGUCCUCGUGCUCUGCGUACUGUGAAAUUCUGCGAGCCUGGCUGUCCUGUCCGUUAUCAGGGCUUUUUCUAACUGCUUUUGCAUGAGACAGGCUGAAGUGCCUCCCUGUGUGGCAAUGGAACUGGUGUACUUUACAGUAAUCUUUGUUGUUUGCAACUUUUGGAAUUACAGACCUCAAAAAUCUCUUGAAUAUUACAUAUACUUCUAUAUGUUGCACUUCUUUUCACUGUUAAACAGGGCUAUAUUGAUAAUGGAAAGUAUGACCAUUAAAAUGUGAAUAUACAUCAAAA